GGGCCGCAGUCGGCGGCGGCGGCGCGUCGGAGGGUCGGUCGGAGGGGGCCGGCAGGGAGUGGGGCCGGGGCCGCGCCGCGCCGCCACACAAAGGCCGCAGCAUGGUCCUGGUGCACGUCGGUUACCUGGUGCUGCCCGUCUUCGGCUCCGUGCGCAACAGAGGUGCUCCAUUUCAAAGGUCUCAGCAUCCCCAUGCUACCUCCUGCCGGCAUUUCCACCUGGGUCCCCAGCCUCAGCUCCCUGCUGACUUCACCCUGCCCCAUGCAGUGCAGCCCCAGCCGGGGCUGACUCCUCACAUGGCCCCCCCACACCAGCACAGUGGUCCCCUGCACCAGCCCCUGGCCCCAGUGCCAGCCCUGCCCUUCCAGGACAUGGCCGGACCCUCCUUCCUACCUCAGGCGCUACACCAGCAAUACCUCCUCCAGCAGCAGCUCCUCGAGGCACAGCACCGCCGGCUUAUGCCUCAUCACAGGCGGGCUCAAGAACGUAUGUCUGUCCAGCCUCAUCGCCUACACCCCAGCUUUGACUUCAGCCACCAACUGCAAACUCCACAACCCAUAGGGCCCCAGCCCAGGUAUUUAGCCGAAGGCACGGAUUGGGACCUCAGUGUCGAUGCGGGACUGACUCACACCCAGUUCCAGGUCCGUCCGGUCCCUCAGCCCUAUCAGCAUUACUUAGCUACACCUCGGAUGCACCACUUCCCCAGAAGCACAUCCUCAACACAGAUGGUUGUUCAUGAAAUCAGAAAUUACCCUUAUCCUCAGCUGCAGCUACUUGCUCUUCAGGGACUGAACCCAAGCAGGCACACAUCAGCUGUGAGGGAGAGCUAUGAAGAGCUGCUGCAGCUGGAGGACAGGCUGGGCAGUGUGAGCCGUGGUGCUGUCCAGAACACCAUCGAGAGGUUCACUUUCCCCCACAAGUACAAGAAGAGAAGACCACAGGAGGGCAAAGCUGGGCAAGAGGAUGGAGAGGAGUCGGACACUGACGAGAAAUGCACAAUCUGUCUGUCCAUGCUUGAAGAUGGAGAAGAUGUCAGGCGGUUGCCCUGCAUGCAUCUCUUCCACCAAGUGUGCGUGGACCAGUGGCUGGCCACCAGCAAGAAGUGCCCGAUCUGCAGGGUGGACAUUGAAACACAGCUUGGCUCGGACAGCUGAAAGGACUGGCUGGAUACACCAUUUUCCUUACCAGGUCGUAUGGCCAUAAACCCUUGCAGCAAAUUUUUUGCCUUCUGAGCCAUUUGAUUGAGAAGAAAAGUCUGCAGGCACGUUAGUGAGGAGGAGGUGGAGGAGGUGGCAGUACAAUAUCUAGCGGUAGGAGAUAUUGCACAUACGCAGGAUACGGGCCCAGUAAAAGGGAGCUGGCAUUCCCGGAGCUCAGAGACCCCGUGCUGCAGAAGAUUUAGUGUUGAACAUGAAGGAACUAGUUGUGGUAGUCUGGCCUGUCAAUCCUGCAUUUCAUGAGGAUUGUAUAUAUACCUCUCGAAUAUGUAGAAACAUGUUAGGGGUCUUUUAGCUAUUUCUAUGGAUGGCAGCUGGAGCAUGUUAGCUUGAGAAAUGUUGUGUUUGAUGCCCUACUCAUCUUGUGGUGGACAUGUUGCUGUUAGCUGAUUUGCACCAAAUAUUUUUUCAUAGAUUCCUUAUUUUGGUGCCUGAUUAAUACAUUGCAGAGGGGGAUGAAAAAGGUCAACCUUUCCCACCCUUUUUGAGUGGGGAAGAGGCGAAAAAGCAAAAUCCUGUUUACAGUCAGAAGGGUUGUGCUCUUUGCCUCAGCCGCAUGUGCUUCCUUUCCCUGUGUUUACAGUGUGUCCCAAAUUUAGAGAAGCUUCAAAAAAAACAACUAAAAUUUGGAAUAAAAUUAAUGAAGCAAUAGGGAGAAGCUUCAUUCCUGCUUAUCUGCUGAUGCUGGACACUUUCUUUAGGGGUGCAAUAUUGGAGUAGAUGUUUCUUCACUUUUUAUCUUAAUGAAGUAACUUGCCAUAUUGGAAUUCAAGAAAGGGGUGUCUUCAUGAUUGUCAUUAUCUAUGUUGCUUUAUGAUGUGAGCUGUGAGGCUGGUUGGCUUCAUCAUCCAUCCAAAAUGAUAGUUACUGGAGUCUGUGCCUACAGCUGUGCUUUGGAGCAUAGUAAUGACAGAGAGGUGUUUAGAGAUGUACAAUGCUGACUCCUCUUGCAUGCAAAAGCAUCUCUGAUAAUAGGAUGGGAUUAAAAUGAAUGCUCACAAGGCACUGUUGAGGCCAUGAGCAUUUCUGCAUGGAAAAGGGAGGCAGGUUGGAAGGAGGUUUUGACCCUUUUUGGAGGGGCUGGCUUGUGACCCUGCCUCAAAGCUUAUGUACCUGCACCCAUGUGCAUUUGUGUAUGCGUUUCAGGCCAUAUCCAUACAGAGAAUUCAUUGUUUGAUAGAAUUAAACUUAAUUGCAUUAACACUCAAAACAGAAUUAGGAGGAUUCUGUCUCCAAAGACUGAGCUGUUGCAAUCCAAGCUCAGUCUUUUUGACAUAAAGACCUCAGCUUGCCAAUCACAGGGACCGAGCUGAAAACCCUCUGGAGAACCAACAUUCACACCAUAAACACAUUUUUCCCUUUGUUCUUUAAAUCUUUUUUAUUAUUAUCUUUGUAUACUAGGGGAGGAAAAGAGAGAAAAGUGGAGAAGAAAAGGGAAUUAGUUGGGAAAAUUACAUAUUGAAAAUGCUGAUGUGGCGCUAGUGAUUUCUGGCUCCCCCAAGCAUCCAUUUCACUGGAGCCAAGCGAUGCUUUCCAAGUAGAAACAAUGAUAAAUUACUAUCUAUCUGAGAGAUUGAGAAAGUCCCAUGAGCUGUAGUUGGAAAACACCAGCCUUAGAGGCACCCCAGAGAUUAUUUGUCAUCCCAACUAGAGGGAGGAGAAAAAGAGGGGAGCCCUGUGGGUGCGAGGAUGGACGAGCCUUUCUUUUGCUGUGCCCAUGUAGGUAAGAGGGAGUGGACAGGGGGACAAAUAGUGACAUAUGAAGAAGACAUAAUGGGUUACAGUGAGGGUGGUGAAACAGUGGCACAAGUUGCCCAGAGAGGUGGUAGAUGUCCAUCCCUAGAAACAUUCAAGUCAGGUUUGAUGGUGCUCUGAGCCAUCUCAGUUGAAGGUGUCCCUGCUCAUUGCAGGGUGGUUGGACUAGAUGAACUUUAAAGGUUCCUUCCAACCCAAACAUUCUAUAAUUCUGUGAUCUAUUUGUCACCCAGUGCAAGUGAUGGCUUCCUGGGAGAUGUGGUAGUCCCAGACCUGAUGUCCAUGGGUCAAGGAGUGGUCCAUUGAUACCUAUGGGGCUUGCUCCAGCAGCAGCAGAUUGAAGCAGCCUUAAAAAUAAUAUUAAUAUUACUAAUAAUGUGGACAAGCAAAGCAAGGCUUUGCUAGUAAAAUACACUGUAAGCCUGCCUGGUCUAUCUAGGCGUGAGCUGGGGAUGAAGCAGGGAGAGGAACAGGGUGAUUUAGACCCUGGCCAUGCAGGGAGGGAACAAGGGCCGCUUCCGAACCGUGUGUUUUCUUAAAGCCUAUGCGAAAGUAUUACUAUUUGCCUAAUGAACAAGCACAGUUUUUAAAAAAAAUAGAUAAAUAAACAAACAAACUUAAAAAAAAAGUACCCUUUGGUGAAGAAAAGCACCAAACUCCCAUGGUCUCGUGUGAGUGAUUGAUCCCAAGGUGCGUGCGAGCUUACAGCGUCUGGACUUGCAUCGGUGUGUCAGGUUCCUUUGCGUUUGAAAUAAUUAUUUACGUGUAGGUUGAGAUUAAUGGGGUGAGUUUAAACAGUGAAACGAGACGAACAAUGACAAAUAUCUAGAAACAAAACAUCGAUAGUUUACAGGGUUUUGUGAGCUUAAAUGCCUUAUAUUUAACAAUCAUAAUUUAUGACUAACUUGUAGAUAUUGUGGGUUCUUAUUUAAUUAUUUUUAUAGUUUUUUUUUGCAUUUUUAAUUAUAAUUUAUUUAUUUAGAAAUUAAUACUAAUUUUUUUUAUUACUCCUAUUACCUCAUUUUUGCAUUGUUUCUGGGAAUGGAAUGCUUUGCAUGCGUCGGUACUUUAAAAAUAAAAAGUUAAACAUGGGAUGUGGGGGGUAAUGCUUAUCUUGUCACAAAAAAAAAUUAAAAAAUAUAAAAAAAUCAGGGUGUGUGAUUACAAACUGUAUUACUGUGGUGCUGUUACCUUGGAUACAUUCCAUAAAAAUGCAAACCUUUGAUUCUGUAUGCUGUGACAUAGUGGAAAACUGCAAUAUAGUGACUGUGUUUAGCACAUAUAUAUGAAUAUUAUUUGCACUCAUAAUCAAACUCUGGUGAUCCUUUCACUUGUGUCCUUGUGCAUUGAAGGUGAUUAAGGACACUCUGCAAAACCAAAACAUUUCAGUCAAUUCUUGCUACCACCCCAUCCCCUAACACUGCUGGCGAUGCUCCUGCUCUUUCUGCAUGUUACCCUGCAACAACACCUGGUAUGAAGCUGUGCUUCAGGCAAUGCAUGCAUUUAGUGGAAGUCCCUUCAAAUUGCUCAAAAUCCAAGAAAGGAAGCCUAGGCAUGGUGGCUCUGUGUAGAUUUUUGUGCCUAUGCGUGCUUGAUUUGGUUCUUUUCACCCUCUGUUCACACAUGCAUGUGUGCCUCAUGGGAGCUGAGGAGGGGAUGGAGGAGGCAAUCGGCUGAGCCUGAGCUUGGAGGCAACAAAACUGAGGGAUUCAUUACAACUUCUACCGGUUAACCACUGGUCUAGCUGGGAGGGGCUGGGAUGGAUGUGAGAGUAAUUCAGCAUCCCUUUGUAAUGCCUGCCAUGAGUAUUCACUAUAACCCAGCUGCAAAACAGCCAUGGGGCAGAAGGCCUCAGUGCUGAUUGUCUUGACCAGUUAAUUUCACCCCCUUUGUUAAGAGGGAAACCUCAGAGCUUUUUAAUCUACUCUCAACCUGGGACCUCCACUGGAACCCUUCUGUACCCAGAGAGUGGGGAAGCCCCAAGCUGUUGUGCUGCUCCUGCAGCCGUGGCCAAGCAUCUCCAUUUCCAUCCCCAUUCCCAGCCAUAGCCAGACCCUCACCACUCUCGCAGUGAACUGCCUUUUCCUAAAAGGCUCAUGAAUAUCAAGUGCUCAAGAUUUGCAAGAGGUUUUAGAGCACCUUUGAUAAUACUUUUAGCUUUAAGCCAUAACCACUCUCAGUCAGUGCAGAUGCUCAGCCACCUAUGAAUAGACAUUGGGAUCAAUGCAUGUGCUCAGCCAGUGCCCCCCUCCACAAAGGCUUUGGAUGCAGUUCUCUUUUGGGUUAGAAAGGCACAGAAUGACUGUACCUUGAUUUUCUUUCUCUCUGUCCCUUCAGGAUGCUGCUCUGCUUUGUUGACUUUGCCUUACCCUGGGUUUAAAACCUGUCUUUUUUCCUUGCUGCUCUCUAACACUCUCCCCUGUAGCCUGUAGCUGCAGUUCUGAGCUGUGCGGGGAUGGGGGAUUGUUCGUUCCCCCCCUACAGCAAGGACGCUGCAAAAGAGUAAGUGAAACAAGGAGUGAGCGAACAAAAAUCUUCUCCUCCAAUGACCUGGGCAGGUGAAAGGAUCACCCACAUUUUUGUACUCCUACUGCUGUUCUGUUGUGCUGUGCAACAUUUUCCUACAUAGACUAUUUUAUAGAAGAAAGCUAGAAAAAUAUUUAUUAUUAAUAUUAAAGCAAUAGUGCAUUGAAGAAAUGAAAAGACAUUAGAAAUUGUGUAAAUGCUUAGAUUCACUUUUGGUGGAUUUUUUGUACUUUAUUUAUAACUAAUAAAACAAACUGCAUUGCUAACUAUAUACCAGUGCCACACAGAAGUCACCUGCCGGGGAGAAUUGCUUGGUCUUUAUUCAAUGCUCUCUUCUUGUUUCUUUGGGUUCAAGU